UUCUCCACAUUUCUCUUACUUUAUCUAUUUUUCUCUCUUUUUCUUUUACUUUACCAAUUUCUCAUUAAAACUCGUGCUGUCCAUAAUUGAGACUAUUUUUUGUGGACCGCGGGAGUAUGUUUUAAAUGAAAGGAUCGUGAAAAGCUGGUGAAAAUUGAUUAGAUACAUGGUUUUUUGUGAAAUUUAUAACCAUAGAAAUUGAUAUAUGGUUUUACUAGAUAAAAAAAACUACUUAUAUUCUCUAGUCUAAAAUGACAGAAUUAUAUAUUGGGUAUCAUGAAAUAAACGUCAACUUCGUCAUAAAAAUUUAGGCCAUUAAGCCUUUAUGUACGUCAAGUUUUAUAGUCUUGUUCAACUUUGCUUUGAGUUUGAAUGAUAUCACAGUCAUCUUAUCAAAUCACAUAUGCCGAUAGGAAAAUUUCAUAACAACAAUUUCAUCUCCUUCUUCGUAGAUUUGAAUAGUUUUUAAAUUCAUGUGAUUAUGAUGUUCAAUCCCAAAUCAGUUUUUCUUUACUAAUAAUGUAUCGAAUUAUAUCUAGGUCAUUGUUAUUUUUUAGCUACGAGUGCAGUUUGCAGAUUAAGCAAGCAGAAAUAUGGUAGAAGCAGUCAUUUUAUCGUUGAUGCAAAAGCUCAACAAAUAUCAAGAGGAAAGAACAGAUAAGGCCAGGAAAUAUGAAAUUGAACAAAUGGAAAGGAUAAUUAAAGAGGAUGCCCUCUACCUCUACAAACAUCGCAAAACUCAUGUGAUAGAGUACAACUAUAAUUGGAUUGGAGAGAUCAAAAUGCGGAUGCUUAAACUGGGAGCUGAUGGGGCUGAGACAGAGUCCAACUCAGAAAAUGUUGAUGAACAUCAUGUGGUGGUAGGCUUGGAUAAACACAUUGAAAUGGUGCUCCGCACAAUGAUUUUUCAUGAAACAGAAUAUCGUUCAUGGGUGGUUAUCAAAGGCAUGUCUGGUAUUGGAAAGACGACUCUAGCUAGAGAGAUAUACAACCAUGCAGAUGUCAUUGAUCGAUUCAAGUAUCGUGCUUGGGUAUGUGUUUCUAAUGUCUUCACUCUUAAAGAGAUAUUUAUCAAACUACUUCUGCAAGUAGUAGUAGAUGGUGAAAAUCUUCACACAUCUUCAUCAUUGGAGGAAAUGGACAACCAAACCCUCCUAUAUAUGCUUCACCAGCACCUGCAAGGACUGCCAUAUUUGAUAGUUCUCGACGACUUGCCCAAACAAAUACCCUUAGAACCUCUCUGGGAAGCUCUUGAACAACAAGAAUACGGCGGAAGUAAAUUGGUGGUUACAAGUCACAUGACGCAUCAAUUUAUAAAAACACGAUGGCAUGAUGUUCAUAAGAUGGAACCUUUGGACCCUAUUAUGAGCUGGCAAUUGUUUUAUAAAACAAUAAACAGUGGGAAUAAAUUGAGGAGUGAGCAGAAAUUCCCAAAGGAGUUGGAGUACCAAGGAAAACUAAUGCUAAGAAAAUGUGGCGGUCUGCCAUUAGCUAUUAAAGAGGUGGCAAAUCAGCUAGCCCGAAAGAAAGCCUCUACUGGAACUGAAUGGGAACAUCUUCUUGAGUCUGUUGAUUUUGGAUCAACACUGGAGUUAUUGGAACCGUAUUAUCAAAAAUUGGACCCCAAAUUGUUGCCAUAUUUCAUGUGUAUGGCCUUGUUUAAGGAAAAUACAACUUUGAGGGCGAAUAAGUUGUUGCAGAUUUGGAAUGUAGCAGGAGGAUCGUAUUAUAGUCAUUCAUAUUUAGAUGGUUUAGUUAAUGAAUCUGUUAUUGAUGAAGUCCAGGGCAAGCGCACACGGUAUUGCAUGAAUCCCGUGCUACACAGAUUGUCCAUUAAAAAAGCAGAGGAGGGAAUAGGUUUUGAGAUCCUUGGAAGUACUCGACUCAACAGAAAUCCACGCCAUCGUGUGAUCAUUUGUAGCAGAGACAACAAUUUCAGCUACUCAACGAAUCAAGAUGAAUAUCUUGUUUCUCUCUUCUUCCAUGGAGGUGGUUAUUUCAAUGCUAGUCCAUCCUAUUGGAAAGGCUUUGAAAAACUUAAGAUAAUUGACUUGGAAGAUUUUGGGUUGAAGAUUUUACCUGAAGCCAUCGGCACAUUGACGAAAUUAAGAUACUUGGGAUUGAGAAAUAAUUACAUAAAAGAGCUCCCAAAAUCAGUGGGGUGCUUGGAAAAGCUUGAGGUUCUUGACAUAGCUCAAAACUUUAUGGUGCAAGUACCAGAUAUUCUAUGGGAAAUGGGUAGCCUUUUCCAUGUCUACAUGUCUGAUGUUAUUUCCGAGAAGCCUUUCACGAUAGAUGUGCUGCAGCGGCUGAAGACCUUAACCUCGGUCUCAUUUGAUGAUCUGAUAUAUGAUGAUCAUGAUGAGCUCUUAGGGUUGACUUCGCUGGAGAAAUUGAGUGUACAUGAUUUGGAUGGAAACACAACUGUAAGCAAGCUCUUUGGGUUAUUGUCCAACUUGGGAUAUCUUUUCCACCUAGUCUUAAGAGGGUACCGUUUUAGAAGCAUGCCUUGUUUGGAUGAGCUUGGUUCUUUACAAAAUCUCAGAACACUUAAAUUGGAUGGACGCCUAGAUAGGUUGCCAAAUAGUUUCCCUUACAUGCUGACUUCCUUGACGUUGGCUAAUAGCUGUCUUAAUAAAGAUCCCAUGUCACUACUAGGGAAGCUAACUAAGCUACAUACGCUCAUAUUGCGGAAUGCAUAUACAGGUCAACAAAUGGGUAUUCCUAAAUUCGGUUUUAAAGCUCUUAAAGUCUUGUGCAUCGAAAAUUUAUUGAAUCUGAGGAAUCUACAAAUUGGAAAAGGUGCACUAGAACUUCUUAGGAAAUUAGAAAUCCGCAAUUGUCCAUGUCUGGACACCCUCCCCAAAGAGCUUCAGUCAAAUCCUGUUUCUCUGGGAGAGUUCGAGAUGGUGACAACCAAAACCAUUUCAACAAAGAUCAGGAAUUCAAGCUCAAUCUCCAAAAUAAGGUUUGUGAAUAUCAAUCCAUAAUAGUAGGCUCUAUUCUUGUUGUAUUGUAUCAAGUUAUUUUAUAGCUGCAAAUGCAUUUUCAUGAUUAUA